CCGCAGCGCGGCCGCCCUUCCGGGCGCCGCCGGCUCCUCCCCGCGCCGCCGCCGCCCCACAGUCAGAAAACUUCACAAAAAUCUUUUCCAGGAUAAUUUUGAUUUGGAUUCAAAGAGCAGACCUUCUUCAUAAAUGGGAAUUGUGACAAGUGGAUAGACUUUUCCAAAAUGUGCGAUUCAAAUCAAGAAUAUUACCUGAAGCUGGAAGAACUGAAGAAUGCCCACUUGGAGACCAUGGCGAAAUUAGAAAGCAUGUAUCGGAAUAAGCUACGCUUAAAAGGAGUACAAUCCUUGGACAAGAAAGAUGCUGCUUCUAAUAUACGUUAUAGGUCAACCUGGCAGAAGAGCUCAUACCAGCCUCUAAAUUUGCACAGAUCCUUUUCUGAGUCUGACUUAAAUGAUCCUGUAGGUUCAAGCAUAUCUGAUGAGUCUGACAGAGAAUUAGUAUUUGAAGAAAAUGAUAGUGAAACUGGAUCAUCAUCAUUUGCUAAGCAACAGAUUGAAAAAAUGUGGGACGGGUUCUCUGUGGAAGUAUAUAUCCCCCGCACCAAACACAGCUUACCAGGCUCACCAGCAUUCAGAACAACGAGGAAGAAUCAGAAGGCAUGGUCCCCCAAAGUUACUGUGCCCAAGCCUUUCCAGAUGACUAUUAGAGAAGCUAGGAAAAAAGACCAGAAUGUCAAAUCAAAGUCACAGCUUGAAAUGGAAAAAAACUUACUGAAGAAGCAACUAGAGGAAGAAGCAGAGUGUCAGAAGAAGUUCCGAGCCAACCCAGUGCCAGCAUCCGUCUUCCUUCCACUCUACCAUGAAAUUGUGGAACAAAACGAAGAACGCAGAAAAUCUGUGAAAGAGAGAAGCAAACUUAGGCUUUUGGCUUCUCAGAAGCCAUUUAAAUUCAUUGAAAGAGAGAAGCAAAAGAAUGAAAUUAGGAAAAUGCAAUUAAAAGACCUUUCUGCACCUGAAAAGAAAACAAAACUGUUCAAAGCAAAACCAGUUCCUAAAUGUGUUUACAGUCCAGCUGUUAAUGACAAGUUAAAGGAGGAAGAGCUUUACAGAGAAAUAAGGAUCAAAAUGAGAGCUGAGGAGCUGCUACGUAAUUCAUCUCUACCCAGCAGCAGACUGGCUAUUAAAGACAUCAAUAGAAAGAAGAAACACAAGUGCAUUGAACCAAAGGAAACAGAACAUAAACCCAAAAUCAAAUCAAACGUUCCAGAUUUUGAAAUACUACACCAAAAAUUUCAGAAACAGCUCCUGCAACAAAAACAAGUGAAACAUAUUACAGUCUGUGAACCUUUUGAUCUUCGUACUCCAUAUAUUCCCUCAAACAAAGGGAAGAUUUUGAAGGACAUUCAAGAGGAUGAAGAAAAAUUGAAAGAAACACGCUGGCCAUAUGCCUCUCCGAGAUGUAAACCUCAAAUGAGGCAUUCUAGUGCAAAUUCACUUCUCUUAGGAUCUGGAGAUUCUAAAUCACCAAAAAUCACGGAAUCCACCAAAAGACGGCUACAAGCCAUAAGGAAUUCACUUGAGGAAAAGAGAAAACUGGAAGAAGAACAAAAAAGGAACAGAACAAAGCAGAAACAAAGAGCGAAAAAACUGCAGAAAAUUAUAACAACCCGGGCUGAAGCCAAUGACCCACAUCAGAGCCUAGCUCAGAUGUCUAAAUCCAAAUUAAAAACAUUCAGGAAUUAUGAGAAGCAGAGAAUGCAAGAGUAUUUGCAAGAAUUGCAAGAAAUGGAAGAACGAGUAAACCAAAGGCCAUUGCUUUUGGAAAGAGCCGCUCAGAGAAAUGCAAGAAUAGCUGCAGAGAAGCAUUAUUCUAACACUCUGAGAGAACUUGGGAUAUGCACUGAGUUUGUGUCAAAGAAAGGGCAAACAACAAGCAUGCUAGAACAGUCCAAUGCUAAAGAUUUUAAAACCUCUAUUGACACCAAAAACAGACUCAGCAAGAAUGAAGUCAAAGAAAAUAAAUUAUUUGAGGAAGCAGCAGACAGCAGUCCCAGAUCUGAGCAGUCCUGCAAGGAGGAGCUGGAGGAGGAAGAGGAGAAAAGAAAAGCAGUCAGAGCCUUCACCCAGGACAACCACUCCAGUGAGGAGGAGGAGGAGGCAAGAGCCAGUCUUCGUGUUCAUCAGCUUUGCCAUGCAGGCGAGGCCGGUGCCAGCCCCCACUCUGACCAGUGCUGCAAAGAAGAGGAAGCAAAGAUGGGCCGGCUGCUUGACUCCCGCUGUGAGGAGGACAAGGAUGAGGAUGAGCAUUUGGAAGGAUCCAGCUCUCAGUCUGACCAUAUUGGUGAGCAGGAAAAACAGGGUCAGUCUGAUCCUGAGGCUCAGGGUGCCUUCAGAUACGAUGAUGAGGAAUAUGAAAAUGAUUCAGAAGAGAAAACCAGUGAUGAUGAGGGUGACUGAAAGGAAGGCAGACAGGAAGGCUGGGGCUCAAAAACACGUUUUAUUGCUAGCAGUGAAAUAGAUUACAAAGGAAAACAUAGGUUUCUGCUGAUGAUGCAAAGUUAAUUAAAAGUUCUUAACCUGCAGUCUUUCCAGGACAGAACUUGCAUCUAUUUUCCAAUAAGAAAGAUCAAGUUUUUCAUUUCCAUCAAGAAACUUCUUUGGUUACUUUUACAUUUACCUUUUCUAUUCUAGAGUUCCAUGACAUUAAUAUACCUCUGUUCAUCAAAUGAAGAGCAACCACUGUUGAAAAUAAUGUCUUGCAUACUGUGGUAGUAAAUAAUGAGGUUUUAACAUGUCCAGCUCUCUUUCCAUAUGCUGGCAAAACCAGAGAUGUUGAUGGGGUAAUUUGCCUCCCCACCUGAAACAUUUCAGUACUUCUAUGAUCUAUUCCAGUAAUAUCUUCUAUUACAGUAAUGAAGUGAUGGGAAGAAUUUUCUUUUAAGAUCUCGAGUGUUAUUGGCAGAUUAGGGACAAGGAGGACAACUUCUUGUGUAGUCAGAAAAAAUAACUUCACUUCCUCCCUCCACUUCCAGUCCAUGGGCUUUGGCUUCUGCCUGUUUAAAUCAGAUAAACUGGCUCAGUGAUGGAUCAGAUGAGUGCGAGCAUCAGAAAAGAACAGAGAUUGCUGCUUUUCCAGGAAGCAAGCUGUUAGAUCAUCUAGACUAUUUUGUCUAGCUCAAAAUAUUAACAAUAUCUCAGUUGCUAAGGGCUCUCCCUACACAACGUAAAUAAGAUGUCCAGAAUACUCUGAGAGGAGUCCCUUAACUAAACUUCCACAGAGCUUUUUAAUGCUUAGAGAUGAGUGAGGUAGAAGUCAGUAGGAGUAGGACUUUGGAAGAAAGAUACGUUAUAUGCUGCAGAUCUUAUAUUAGUGCCUAACCAAGCUCCAGAAUUGUUUUAAUCUCUUUUUAUUUUGAAGAGCUCUUCCUACAAUCAUGUAAAGUAAUUCUUUAUAAGGUAAUGAUAAAUACUGACAUUAGUCUUCAAAUUUGUUUAUUGAGACAGUAAACAGAUACUGUUUACAUCAGGAUAAAAGUGCAACCAACAACUGUAACAAAUAUAAUUAUUUGCAUAAAAAAAAGGGAAAGGAAGAGUUUUGCUUUUCUUCACAUACUUGCUACUCAGAACUGCAGCUACCACACAACAAAAAUGCAAAUAGAGGCUUUUUUGGCCCUAUCCCUAGCUUUCCUGCUAAUCACAUCAUAUUCAAUAUUAGGAGAGAAAAUAAAAGAAAGUAUCU